AACAUAGUUAGGUUGAGAGAAAAUGAAGAACUUUUUCUCAAAAGGGCCAAUUCUAGUCAUUCUGCUCUUAACAAUUUUCUUAGUUAGUGAAGCUCAGCAAUGCCGUCCAAGUGGCAGAAUUAGAGGCAAGAAGCCUCCUCCUGGACAAUGUAACAAGGAGGAUGACUCUGAUUGUUGCAAAGCCGGAAAAAUGUACCCAAAAUACACUUGCUCACCACCAAUAUCUGGCAACACCAAGGCCUACCUCACUCUUAACAGCUUUGAGGCAGGUGGUGAUGGCGGUGGUCCAUCUGAAUGUGAUGGCAAGUACCACAACGACAAUACUCCAGUUGUUGCAUUAUCCACUGGAUGGUAUAAUGGUGGAUCAAGAUGCCUUAACAACAUCAGAAUUAACGGUAAUGGGCGCAGCGUGGUGGCCAUGGUGGUGGAUGAGUGUGAUUCUACAGAAGGUUGUGAUGCAGACCAUGAUUACCAGCCUCCUUGUCCUAACAACAUUGUCGAUGCCUCAAAAGCUGUCUGGAAAGCCUUGGGUGUAUCUAAAGACAAUUGGGGUGGCUUAGAUAUUACAUGGUCCGAUGCUCAAACCUGCAAGCCAAGCGGCGGGAUAAGGGGAAAAAAGCCUCCUCCGAAGCAAUGCAACAAAGAAAAUAUGUCCGAGUGCUGCAAAAAGGGCAAGCUCUACCCAACAUACGAAUGCUCGCCGCAUGUGUCCAAGUUUACAAAAGCAACAUUGACGCUCAACAGCUUUCAGAAAGGCGGUGACGGCGGCUCACCUUCUGAAUGUGACGGUAAAUACCAUCGGGAUAACACCCCGGUGGUGGCAUUGUCAACAGGGUGGUUCAACAAUAGCAAGAGGUGUUUGCACUACAUUACCAUCCAUGCAAACGGGAGGAGUGUGAAGGCCAUGGUGGUUGAUGAGUGUGAUUCCACUAUGGGGUGUGAUGGUGAACAUGAUUAUCAGCCUCCAUGCCGUAACAAUAUUGUUGAUGCCUCUAAAGCUGUCUGGAAGGCCUUGGGAGUGAAAAAAAGUGACUGGGGUGAAAUGGAAGUGCACUGGUCUGACGUCUGA